AUGAAGACGCUCCCUGUAAGCACGGAUGAUGCUUCGCCUCACCAGUGCGAUCCGUCGCGAGCGUCCUCUUUCCGCAGCGUGGCUGACAGUCUACAAGCUGUGGCCUGCGACAACAAAACAACAGAGAAACCCUCAACCACGUGUGGUGCUCUGCAGGGGGGGCACCGAACAUCGAUACGCCCCUCGAGCACCCUGCCACUCGACCGGACAAGUUUAGACUCUUCUGCUUCUACGUCAUCCCCGCCUCAGCUUCCUCUCCAGAAUCAAGAGUUGUUGCCGCCACCGGUCAAUGACGCAACCACACAGUCGCACUACGUUACCGAAGCUGCGGCAACGCAUGUAACGAAAGAGCAGUAUCGUGGUCGGCUCGUAGAAGACGCCGACAGGCACAGAGUGUGUCCUGUAACUGAAAAAGAAGUUCCGUUUUCAGUGCAGCCACGGCACUCUCCUCAGGGCGCAGCGGCAGCGGCUUCACCCACCGCGCGAACAGGAUACCAGCUCCGGUCGCUGACGAGCUGUGGAGACUCCAGCGCCCUCUUGGAGUCUGAUGAGCCUUCCGGAAAGAGCUUCCAUGCCGCAAAAGCUUGCCCCGUUUCAGCGUUCUCCAGCAAGCUACCAGAUGUCGAGGUGUCGGUGGCGACAGCCGGACGGAAAGAAGCGACGUCAGCACCGCUUCCGCACGAAAACCCCACUCACGGCGAGAAGCAAACCGGGACCAGGCUCUCCACCGUUACCACUUCAUCCUCGGCAUCUCACGAGAUUGUAGGCACCGUUCCCAGUACGAAAAAAAGGCCGCAGACAGAACAGACGACCACGAUCCCGCGGCAUCCACCGCAUACGCAGCAGCACCAGCAGCCUCCGCUCCAGCAGCAGCAGCAGCAACAACAACAGCCUCCCCUUCAGCAGCAGCAGCCCGCCGCUGUCCAAAAUCGGGAACAAUGUCUAGUUCCGGACGCUCGACAUACGUUUCAGCCAUUGCAGCAGCACCAGGUCUCAGAGGUGGGCGGUUCGCAGCCGUCCCUUCUCCCAGCGCAAGCACUCCCCGGCCUCGGACACUCGGAGUGCUCUUCUGAGCAUCAGCCGUUGCUGACAGGGCCCCUCCCUGCACAAGGCACUGCCUCGGCGCCUUCCCUAUUCGCGCAAGCGGGUCGCCUCGACAACGGCAGCGCUGCGGACCGUCAGGCGCCCCCCCGUGUCCUGUAG